AUGGUGGUAGAGAAGGCCUUUCUUGCCGCACGGCAAGGGGAUAUUCAGACUCUGAAAGUGCUCUUUGCUGAGAAAGUACUUCACAAAGAUGUAAAGGACCCUCUCGGAGCCACUCCAGUGCAUCACGCUGCUCGGUCCGGCAAACUCACCUGCCUGCGCUACCUGGUGGAAGACGCCGGGCUACCUGGCAACUGUCUUGCCAGGAAUGGCGCGAGCCCAGCGCACGACGCCGCCGCAACCGGCAACCUGGCUUGUCUACAGUGGUUAAUAACGCUUGGAAGAUGCAGGGCUUCGGACAAGGACUGCUUUGGAGCCACUGUCCUCCACCUGGCCUGCCGCUUCUGCCACCAUGAGAUCACCGACUGGCUGUUGAAGGGGAACAAGGUGGACCCCAGCAUUCCCACAGAUACAGGGGUGCUGCCUGUCCACUACUCUGCUGCCAAGGGAGACCUACCAUCUCUGAGGCUUCUGCUUGGGCACAGCCCAGGCGUGGUCGACGCCCAAACAAAAAAUGGUGCCACGGCCGUUUAUUUGGCUAGUCAGGAGGGUCACCUGGAGGUCGUCCAGUACCUGGUGAAGGACUGCGGGGCGGAGCCUCGGGUCAGAGCCAAUGACGGGAUGACUCCCCUGCACGCCGCCGCCCAGAUGGGACACACCAUGGUCAUCGUCUGGCUGAUGAGCUUCACGGAGAUCGGCCUGUCAGACCGGGACGGCGAUGGCGCCACGGCCAUGCAUUUCGCCGCCAGCCGCGGCCACGCCAAGGUCCUGAGCUGGCUCCUGCUCCACGGGGGCGAGAUCGUCUCCGACUGCUGGGGCGGGACCCCCUUGCACGACGCCGCGGAGAACGGGGAGCUGGAGUGCUGCCAGAUCCUUGUGGUUAACGGGGUGGAUCUCGGGUUUCGAGACAAGGACGGCUUCACAGCAGCAGACCUGGCCGAGUACAACGGACACGCCCAGUGUGCCAAAUAUCUACGUACUGUGGAGAACAUGAGCGUGGGGCACCGUGUGUUGUCACGGGACCCCUCAGCAGAACUGGAGUACAAACAGCCCGAUUCAGGCGUCUCUUCCCCACACACCAACUACGACUCCAACAAGAGGAGGAACACAGCGCCCCCUACAGGCAGCCAUACAGACAUGGACUCCUACAUGGACCUGCUGAACCCAGACCAGGCGACCACAGCACAGAGGAAGGACGUGGCUCCGCCACCGCCGGCCUUUCCUCCCCCGCCCCCUCCCCCGCCCGACGCCCAGCAACACCCCCCUCCCCCCCCGCCCGACGCCCAGCAACACCCCCCUCCCCCCCCGCCCAGUUACGCUGCGCCCAGCCCCCCCACAGACCAGGCCUCCGCUGACAUCUACCUGCAGGUGAAGAGUAACCUGCGGCACGUGGAGAAGGACACUCCGAGAAACAAUCCAGACAGGUUGCGAAGGGUCGACUCGAACAGGAAGUCCCGCAACUUCAACAAGCAGCCCAGCACUGGGGACUACUACAAGGCCCUGGGCAGUGACCCGGCACAGGACCGAGGGCCGAGAGCCAUGGUGCCCAACGAGCAGGUGGAGGCCCCUUCACCUCCGCCUACAGCUCCCCUGGCACAGCCUGCCUCCCCACCCCCAGUGUCCCCUCCCGUCGUGUCCCCUCUGCCAGCAUCAGCCCCCCCACCUGCCCCCGCCAGUGUCUCCACCCAGAAGCCCCCAUCCACCAACAAGGCCCCCUCAACCCAACAGCCCCCAUCAACCCAACAGUCCCCGUCAACCCAACAGCCCCCAUCCACCAACAAGACCCCGUCAACCCAACAGUCCCCGUCAACCCAACAGCCCCCAUCCACCAACAAGCCCCCGUCAACCCAACAGUCCCCGUCAACCCAACAGCCCCCGUCCAACCACAAGGCCCCAUCCACCACCAAGCCCCCAUCCUCGGGUGGCAGCGAGAGGACUCCCCACACACUCAACGGCAGUGUGGGUUUGGGGUACAUACGGAGGGGCAGCCUUGUGGACGUGGAAGCCCUGGUGCCCACCCACGACGAGCAGGGCGUGGCCAUCCCGGAGUGGAAGAGGCAGGUCAUGGUGCGUAAGCUGCAGGCGAAGAUGCAAGAGGAGGAGGACCUCAAACGCAAGGUUUCGGCCCGGGGGUACGGCCAGCCGCAGGACUGGCACUACUCGCACACCCACAACGCCAUCCUGGGCCCGUUCGGGGAGCUGAUGACGGAGGCGGACCUCAUCCGCAUCGAGCGGCAGAUCGAGAACCUGCAGGUGAUGCACAAGGUGCAGGCGGUGGAGAAGGAGCUGGAGCAGCUGGAGCGGGAGCUGACGCAGCUGCUGCCCGUCUCCGCCGCGCUGAGCCACCACCAGCACUUCUCCGUCAACCCCCGGCAGGUCCACGGGCAGGCGGAGGACCUCCCCGAGUGGUGCAGCAAAAUCUCCACCCUGCUCAAGAACAUGGCCAUCCUGCUGGCCACCCUGGGGGGCAAGGAGAUAGACAUCCUGGACCUGGUGUACUCCGGGUACAUACAGGAGGAGCGCAAGGACCCGAGGGCGGUCCCGGCCGACCCGGCCCUGCCCCUCGUGCCCGCCAACAUCGGCCGGUCCCAGUCGUUCUCCACCCGGGAGGACGUGGAGAGGGAGAUCAAGCAGUGCGGCGUGUCCGUUAAGAACCUGAAGGCCAACUACGAGCUGCAGAGCCAGCCCAAGUCCGAGGUGCCAGGCGACAGUGCCGGCAGGGUUUACAAACGCAAGAGGUCCCUGCCUGUGGGUAGCGAGCUCUCGGGCCACAGGUCAGAACCCAUCUUAGAGGAGGACUACGUCGCCUCUACGGAAAAUGUCCACUGGUCCAAUGCGAGCGGACCUCCGCCAUCAGGCGCUACGGGUGCGGGUGCGGCCUUCAACGGAGAGGCUGUGACCACUCCCCCUCCUAACGACGCUCCUCUUAACGGCGAAUCAUCAGUGCCCCUGGAACAGCCCAUCCUGGAACCGCACCCCGAGCCCCAGCCCGUGGAGCCUCCGUGCCAACCCGACCAGCCUACGCGCAGCCUGGAGGUGCAGACAGACCUCAGCUACAUGCAGGAGUGGACGGACCUCAAGAAGGAGCGGAUCGUCUUCCUGUUCCUGGAACACUGGAGGAAAUACACCUUUGCUGGUGCCGUCAGGCCGCGGUUACCAGGGCGACAGAGCAGCACGGGCAGCGCUGGGGAAGGCAGCCAGCACAGCGAGGAUGACGAGCUGAUCUACCUGAUGAAGGAGAAGCAUGUGGUGGGGAACCUGAUCUGCCACUGGAGGACAAUCUUCAGCCAGGUGCCCAGCAGGCAGAUCCGCCGGCUCAGCCGAGCCCAGAUCAUCUACUGGCCCCAGCACUUCCUUCCGCACGUCAACGGCAUGCCAGUGGCCUACGACAGCCUGACCCUUGACCUCUUCAUGCUGGGCUACUUCCAGCUGCUGGAGAUGACCAUGACACGGACCGAGCGCAAGUUCAGGCACCUGCUGUGCUUUGAGAUGUUCGACCGCGUGGGCACCCACAGCUGGGAGCUGAUCCGUCAGUUCCACCGGGAGGUGAUGGAGGAGCUGGAGGCCGGGAGGCGGGUCUGGGCCAACGGCUUUGAGGACAUAAAGCAGAGGUACUUUAGGGAUGCCACGGAAGAGGUGGUGGCUGACACAGUGUUGCCCCUGACGGUGGCCCUGGACCCUCCUGCAAUACAGCCUGAGCCUGGCCCUGGCCCCACCCCUCAGAUUUCACCGACCCGUAGGGAGAGCUUGUGCGACGCUGCCCCCGUUCCCAGUGAGGACAGGAACCCCCCCACACAGCAGAGAAAGGAUAGUCUAUGUGUCCCAGUCCCCACUCCUCCCCCUAUGCAGGACAGCAACGGUAGCCUUUCUGACCCUGUCCCUGCCCCCGUACAACAAAGGAGAGAAAGUGUGAGUUACUCCGUCCCCAUACCGGAUAGGAAAGAGAGCGUAUCGGAACCCGCCCCCCGGCUGGAAAAGGAAACAGCAGGGGGUUCGGCGGAGCAGCUGACUCCCGUCCUAGCGACCCGUAAGGACUCCAUUCAGGUGAACUCCGAUCUCGGAGAGUUCAGCAAUGAGGAGAUCUGCAGGUACAUCGACCGCAGCUUCUCCUUCUGGAAGGAGAAGGAGGCAGAGCUCUUUGACAUGUGA